CGAUCACGGUGGACGGGAAGCACAAAAUUUCAGGAUACAUGGGUGGCAUGGCUGUGCUAGCAACAAGUUGAGUUAUUGGCGGCCGCGUCAGAGAUACAUUGGAAUCAUCAAACCGCAAGAUUGCGCAGCAAUGAGCUCCUCCCAGCCAGCGACCCGCUGGGCCGCCUUUGCCCGCGACACAAACGAGACCAAGAUUCAACUCGCCCUCAACCUUGAUGGCGGCGACUUCCCCCCGGAUACAGACCCCCGCCUACGAGCCGGUGGCACCGAUGGCCACGCCAGCCAGUUGAGCAAGUCGCAAACAAUCAGCAUAAACACGGGAAUUGGCUUUCUGGACCAUAUGCUGCACGCUCUAGCGAAGCACGCAGGCUGGAGUCUUGCGCUGGCCUGCAAGGGUGAUUUGUACAUUGACGACCACCACACCGCCGAAGACGUGUGCAUCGCGCUCGGGUACGCCUUUGCGCAGGCGCUGGGGACGCCCACGGGGCUGGCACGGUUCGGGUACGCGUACGCGCCGCUGGACGAGGCGCUCAGCCGAGCGGUGGUGGACUUGUCGAACCGGCCGUUCAGCGUCGUGGACCUGGGCCUGAAGCGCGAGAAGAUUGGCGACCUCAGCACCGAGAUGAUUCCGCACUGCCUGCAGAGCUUCGCCCAGGCCGCCCGCAUCACCCUGCACGUCGACUGCCUGCGCGGCGAUAAUGACCACCACCGCGCCGAGAGCGCCUUUAAGGCGCUGGCAGUCGCCAUCCGUCAGGCUACCAGCAGAGUCAAGGGGAAGGAGGGUGAGGUGCCCAGUACGAAGGGGACAUUGACCGUCUAAGGCGAAGGGAGCGAUUGAGCUUCGUCGAGCGGAUUUAUGUUUGAACGAUCAUUGUAGGAGCCAUUAGAACUGGCGUUUGUGGGGUGUUGAUUAUCGAUUUAGAGGGAUCAUUGCAUCCUAUAAAUGCUGAACGAGCCUGCGGUACGAAAGCAUGCCAGAAAAGGGGUAUACACAUAACAACCUGUUGUGGCAAUCAGGUAGAAGUAGAAGAAGAAAAACGUAAAAUAAAACCC